AGGCGAUUUUUUUUUUCAUCAUUUUGGACAUCAGUUGUGUGUUCUCUACAAACUCUCAGGAGAUUCCCCCCCCUCCCUCAGAAUGACAUUUGAAAUGAAGCAAACUGACCAUGUGGCCGUUUGUUUGUCAAGUGUGACUUCUCACCUUUACGCAGUGGCUGAUGGAGACACUUGGGGACGCGUCAAAGUUCAAUUUGGCACGGGGCUCCCUGCAGGUCCUGAUAAAUACCAGUUUCCUGCCUCGAGACCCAACUUCCGCAGGGGAUUUUUACUCGGACCAGAUCAACGCAAGGAGAACAUGGAGAACAGCGGCGCCAGCAGUGGGUUGGCGUCAGUUUGCGGUGGAGACAAUCCGACACAGCAGAUCAACUUGUGGAGACCGUGGGACAAAACUGAGGGCCAAACAGCCCAAUUUACGACUCGCUUUGUGCAUGGAGAGAUUUCCAGCGCUCAGCCCAAGAUUCAACAAGUCAUCCAUCCAGUCAAAUUGUUCUGGCCAAAGUCGAAAUGUUUUGACUAUCUGUACCGGGAUGCCGAAACGCUCCUGAGGAACUAUCCAAUCCAAGCGACCAUCUGCCCAUGUGAAAACUCCAGCAGCGAUGAAGAAGGCGAGGAUGAAUAUGAAGAGGAGAUAGUGGGAAAGGAGCAUAAUUAAACGCAGGCAGCACAUAAGCUACUCCGUGACAUUAUGAUAUUUAUGUUUCAUUUAAGUUAUUCUUGUAGAUACACGCAAAGAAACUUUCAUUUCUAUACCUAACGGACAUGUAUAUAACUAAAUUAUUCACCCACCAUUCUAACUUUUGGGUAGU